AUGGGCAUCGACAACAUCUCAAACGACCAUGAAACCGACAAGGUGAUGGGAGCUGAAGGCGAAAAGGCCCCGUACUCCCCGCCGCCGCCUUUUGAAGGGGACAUGGUGGGGGAGAUGAGUGAAGCAGAAAGGAAUAUCUACGACCACGGCAUCAACAAGUUUAGCCGUCUCGGCUGGAAGCGCCUCACCAUUGUGCUCAUCGUCGAGGCUAUUGCGCUGGGUAGUUUGUCGAUUCCUUCUACCUUUGCGACGCUGGGCAUGGUGGCAGGUGUGAUUUGCUGUGUGGGUAUCGGCCUCAUCGCCAUCUAUACCAGUUACAUUGUGGGAAUGGUCAAGUUGGCCUUCCCCGAGGUGGCAACCUAUGCCGAUGCAGGUCGGUUGCUCGGCCGUCGGUUGGGAUGCGGACGUUUCGGAUACGAGCUCGUCAACGCCAUGCUGGGUCUCCAGCUGAUCUUCCUUACGGCCUCGCACUGUUUGACCGGAACCAUUGCAUUCAUGGACAUCACAAAGAGUGGCGUUUGCUCAAUUGUCUUCGCUGUUGUCUCGGCAAUCAUUCUGCUGUUGCUUGCCAUUCCUCCCAGUUUCACCGAGGUUGCCAUUCUAGGCUACGUCGAUUUCGCCUCAAUCGUCCUCGCCAUUGGAAUCACGAUCAUCGGAACUGGCAUAAAAGCAGGAGAUUCCCCCGGCGGACUCAGUGGGGUCGAAUGGUCGGCCUGGCCUAAAGAGGGCGUCACCUUUACCGAAGCUUUUAUCGCUCUCACCAACAUCGUUUUCGCAUACAGCUUCGCCAUGUGCCAGUUCUCCUUCAUGGAUGAGAUGCACACGCCACGGGACUUUGUCAAGUCCAUCUGGGCGCUUGGCAUCACUGAGAUUUUCAUCUACACGAUUACCGGUGCUCUGAUCUACGCCUUUGUUGGCCAGGACGUCUCUAGUCCCGCCCUCACUUCGGCUGGAACGCUUUUGAGUCGUGUUGCAUACGGUGUUGCCCUUCCCGUGAUCUUCAUCAGUGGUUCGAUUAACACCGUUGUCUUCGGACGCCUGGUUCACGGUCGCAUCUUCGCCAACUCUCCGAUUCGCUUUAUUAACACGAAGAUGGGAUGGCUGACAUGGCUGGCGGUGAUUACAGCCGCAACCAUCGUAGCAUUCAUUAUUGCUGAGGUCAUUCCCUUCUUCAAUGAUUUGCUCUCCAUUUCCUCGGCCCUUUUCAUCUCUGGAUUCACCUUCUACUUCCCUGCCAUGAUGUGGUUCUUGCUUCUUCGGAAGGGUAGCUGGAGUGAGCCGAAGAACAUCGCCUUGGCUAUUAUCAACGCCUUCAUCUUCAUCAUCGGUAUGGUGGUUCUCGUCGGUGGAACAUACUCCAGCGUGGAUGAUAUUGUCAUCAAAUACGCCAAGGGAGAAGUUGGCGGUGUCUUCUCAUGUGCUGCUCCUGAGUAA